AUAAUAACUUUUAAAGACAUUUUUAGAAUCAAAAACGAUUAUUUUGAUACAGAGGUAACAAAAAAUUCCAAUCAGAUUGACCAUAAUAUACAAAUGUCAACAUGAGACUAAUACUGGUUUUGUCCGUUCUAUCAGCUCUCGUAGCCAUCUCCUUCGCCACAGUCUCAGAAAUCAUUGGAGGUACACUGAUAGGCUCCCUCAUAGUCCACAAAGUAGCGAAGGACCUUGGUAUUGGAAACAUAAUAACGAUCGAAGGUGACGCUAGAGCCAAAUUGGGCAACAACGAAAUCGCAGUUGAGGCUGCAGCUGGCGUUGGAGGAGACGUGGUCGGAUACCACGCCAAUGUUGAAGGAGAUGUGUUGGGACAGGAAGUGAAGGUGCAUGGUGAUAUUUAUGAUGGGGAUAAGGUUAUGGAUAAAUACAGAACUGUUUCAAUCGAUGACCAAGGUCGUCAAUACGUCUUGGUACGCAAAUGGGUCGGCACCACCCCUGUAUUGGUAAGACAAUACAUCGACACCCUUGACGUUAACGGCAAACCAGUACCGACCAACCCAAUGGUCCGUCGUGUUGGCAUGAUCAUAGAAAUCCGUCGUCCCGAUGGUACCAUCGAGCUACACCGUCCAGAUGGAAAAAUCAUCAUUCUUCGUUCAGGAGCUAUCAUCUACGUCAAACGCCCUGACGGUACUGUCGAGCUUCGUCGCCCUGAUGGUACUAUUCUUGAGAUUAGACGCCCUGGAACUUUCAUCGAGGUGAAGCAACCAGAUGGUACCAUAGUGGUUUACAAACUUGAACUUGUCGUACCAGAGACUAAGCCUGUUCCCAUUGAUACAUCUAUGGUUCCAGUUCAUUUUCCAUUAAUCAAGCCUACGCUUUUGGAAACGUCUAGAUAUCCAGCUAGAUAUCCAGCUAGAUAUCCAGCUUAAAUUCUUACACGACAGUAAUGAACUGAGAAUUUAAAAUAAAAUGGAAAAGAAGAUAAGUACGUGUUUAAUUAUAGAAUGUUGUAAAUAAGAUGGUAAUAAAUAGUUUAAAAAAAUA